UUUGGUUCCAUUUUCAAACAAUGCACACGUCCGGCUUAUGAGCCCAAGCAAUUCAAUUAAUCUAAUUACUUGUUUCAUUUCAGCCUUGCUCUUAAAGCCCCAGCCAGGGUCAAAAAAUAUGAUAAGAACAUUUUGGUGAUGAUCAAUCAACUUUGAAUUUUGGUUUUUGGUGUGUUUGCUCCAUCAAACUUGGUUCUUCAUCCCUUCAAAUAUGAUGAUUCCCCUAGGGACAAAGUCAAGCCAACGCUCUUCCACCUUUCCUGGGACAGCCUUGGGCUGCCUUAGCGGCCCAUUUUUAUUCUAGAGCACCAUUUACGUGCUAAGUAGUACCCAUUUGAACUAUCUUUUGUGAUUUCAGUUAUACCUGCAAUGAGGGAUAUCGGUUCAAUUCGUCGGGCACAACAAGCAAAUCCAUUACUUGUCUCAGCAAUGGAACCUGGUCCGAAUUGGGAGACACGUGCGAACGUGAGUUGUGCCAUUCGAUCCGUACUUGAAGCUCCAUUUCUAAUUCGACUUUUUCUUAAUCAUUGCUUAGCCUACGGGUGCAAGGUCAAAACUUACCCGGGUUUCACUGUUAAAGAGGAAGAUCUUGAUCAAUCCAAGCCGAUUCCUGUGGGACACUCCGUUCAUUACAUUUGCAAUGAAAACAAGUACAUUGCCGAGAUUCCUGAAGGGACCAAUCAAUCGUUCACCUUGAAAUGUUUGGAGAGCGAAGUGUUCGAGGAGCCAUCGACCAAUUGGACGUGCAUAGAUUUGCCCAAAUGUGCCAUUCCUUCGGAUCAGACCAAAUUCGAUUACAUAACUGGUCCAAUAAACAACACGUUCCGCAUCUUCAGAGAUGAAAUAAAAGUGGUUUGCCGGGACAACAAAACUUGGAUCAGCAUUGAAGGAAAUACAGCUGCGGAGACCAGUCUGAGUUGUUCUUGGGAUGGAACUUUCAAGCCGAACUUGGAGGACGCCGUGUGUAAAAAGCAAUUUUGUGAUGAUCCGCCCCUUCCUCCGAGCGAUUCGAAUUUGGAGUUAGCGUCAAGAGGACAAGCCGUCAAACUUAAUGAUACGGUGACCUAUCGUUGCCUCGGCGAUGCAAGAUUGGAACAGGGAACCAACUUCAACAUAGAGUGCGGUCAUGACGGCAAUUACCAGAAUUCAUCCUGGCCUACGUGUGUCCUUACCAAGUUUUGCCCGUCGGCCGACCUCCCGCCACCUUUGACCAAUGGAUAUAUCCAAUUAUCGACACAAAACCAGCCAGGAUUCAGGGUUCCCGCCGAAACUUUCAACCUCAGCACCAGCCAACCCAACGGCAUUUCCAAUGCUUCGACCCACGGACCGGGACAAGCUUUCGAUGGGAACUGGGCCACGAUGUUCAAGAUCAACAGUAGUGGGAACAUUCCUUUUCUGCAAGUGGACUUUGGACAAGAGCGAUUGCCACUCUCGAUCAAAUUGGUCCUUCCCAAUGCAUCGUCGGGCUGUAUCAACAACCAUGAAGACUUGCGAGUGGCGGCAUUGAAUUCAUCCCUAAACCCAGGAGAGGAUCCCAGUUCUCGAACUAUCCUUGAGGCCGACAUUCAAAGUGGUAUUUUCAUCUUCGACAAACCCGCUUUGACGCGAUAUCUGGUGGUCCAUGCUCCAACGGGCGGAUCAUCGACACCAUUGUGUAUUGCCGAAAUGGACAUUCAAUUUCGGCCCAAAGUGCCUUACCCUCCGGUGAAAGAUUGCGCCCAGCUCAUGGCUUAUGGAUCUCAAGGAUCCUCUAUUUAUAAUUUGGAUAUUACGGGCGGACUCAAUCCGGAAAAUGUGGCGGAUGUGCUCUGCCGUGAAAGCCAAUGGACACCCAUUCUCCGGCGCUUUCAUCCCCAGGAUGUUAACGACAUGUUUUCGAAAAACCUUUUAUCUGUGAAUUUGAGCCAGCCAUACCUUAAGCGUUACAGGGAUCUAUUUUUGGGAUUGGACAACAUCCACACAUUGUUGUCCACCGAGCCUUAUCAGCUACGCGUCGAAAUGGUGGAUAGGGAUGACAAAUAUAGGCGGGCCGUGUACAAUACAUUCACUAUCGAAAGCUCGUCGUCCCGCUACCGAUUGUCAGUGGACGAUUUCGACCCAUCCCAAUCCGUUGGCGAUCCCGGGGAUGCCAUGCAAUUCGUGAAUGGCGCGGAAUUCGACCCGGGCCCAUCACCCUGUACGGAAUUGCAUGGAGCACCAGGAUGGUUCAAACCCGGGGUCUUGAGGCGCACGUUUUGUUCGAGCGUGAACCUCUUUUGCGGAUUACGACGAGAAUGAUGAGAGGCCGUCAGAACAGGCCAUCUUUUGGGACACGGGGCUCAUUCCAAAGGCGUUUGAAACAAAUCGAGCUGACCAUACGGCCGAAAGACACGAACUACAACGCCAGCAUGACCAAUUAUUUCGAGAACUACCGGAACUCGUUGGAAAGCAACGAAUACGGCACCGUCUAUACGUAUAAGUGCAAUAAAGGACUGGAACUGAGCGGUGGUCAAACCGAAGUGAAUUACACUUGUGGGUGGGACAGUCUAUGGCAAGCCUCCCAAGAUAUUAGCAAUUUGCAAUGUGAAUGGAAGAGGUGCACAGAACCGCCUUUGCUGGAUCCAAGUAAUAAGAUGGAAGUCAAAGAUUGGAGAUACGAUGGUGUGCCUGUACAAGCAAAUGUGGUGACCAUUGGGUGCAAACGAAAUUGGAAAGAUGACAACGGUCAGGACAUAGACAUCCAGGCAUCUUGCCAAGUUGGAAAACAGAUUUGACAUACCUGCAACUGUCAACAACACGAUGUGCCUCGAGA